AGAGAAGAACAACUGAAAGAUGAACCUCAAAAACACCUUCGGCUUGGCUGUUCUGUUAACUACAGCUUAUUUAUGUGCCGCAGCUAGGCCUGACGCAUUCGCACCAGCCGUAUCAUCCAGGGAUAGUAACGAUGCAGGUGACGCGUUCAUUGAUCCAGGAACUAAGUUUGGCAGUGAUGGUGGAGACAAGGAGUUAGGUACGACAAAGUCAGAAAAAGAGUUGGAAGAUGACAUUGCCGGAGAUGACGACCUAAAUUGGUUCGGAGGUCCUACAGAAGAUGACUUUGGAUCUUUGGCCGGAGGUCCUAUCGGAGAGGACUCAGAUGACAGCGCUAAUUCGAUUGUUUGUGAUGAGCCAGGCCCUUGUUAUAAGAAGAAGCUUACCUGCCCUGCUAAGUGCUAUGGCUCUGUUAACAAGUCAGGGUCAGGUUUCUCUGCCAGUGCGGGUGCUGGUGGCUGCUCCAUGGAUUGUAAGACAUGCACGGCUACCUGUUAGGAGGGUAAUGGAA